UUGAAAGUUAGGAAGGAGACUGUAUUGGUCACAGUAUAUUUUCAUCCUCCCCACUGCUCCUGUAAACACCAUCCAGGAAGUCUGGAGACAUGGAAAUAAAGAAUUACAACAGCAGUGCAUCAGGCUUCAUCCUUCUGGGCCUCUCCUCCAACCCUCAGCUGCAGAAGCCUCUCUUUGCCAUCUUCCUCAUCAUGUACCUGGUCACCCUGGUGGGAAAUGUGCUCAUCAUCCUAGCUAUCCACUCUGACUCCAGGCUCCAUACCCCUAUGUACUUUUUCCUCAGCAACUUAUCCUUCAUGGACAUCUGCUUCACAACAGUCAUUGUUCCCAAGAUGCUGGUGAACUUACUAUCAGAGACAAAGAUGAUUUCCUACGUGGGCUGCCUAGUCCAGAUGUACUUUUUCAUGGCCUUCGGGAAUACCGACAGCUACCUGCUGGCCUCCAUGGCCAUAGACCGACUGGUGGCCAUCUGCAACCCCUUCCAUUAUGAUGUAGUCAUGAACCCACGGCGUUGCCUUCUCAUGUUGCUAGUGUCUUGCACCAUAUCUCACCUGCAUGCCUUGCUCCGGGUGCUGCUUAUGUCUCGCCUGUCUUUCUGUGCCUCCCAUGUCAUUAAGCACUUUUUUUGUGACACACAGCCUGUGCUAAAGUUGUCUUGUUCAGACACAUCCUCUAGCCAGAUUGUGGUCAUGACUGAGACCCUGGCUGUCAUCGCGACCCCUUUCCUGUGUACCCUCUUCUCCUACGUGCGGAUAAUCGUCACCGUGCUCAGAAUCCCCUCUGCAGCUGGGAAGUGGAAGGCCUUCUCUACUUGUGGCUCCCACCUCACCGUAGUGUCCCUGUUCUAUGGGAGUAUCAUCUAUGUCUACUUUAGGCCCCUGUCCAUGUAUUCAGUUGUAAAGGACCGAGUAGCCACAGUUGUGUACACAGUGGUGACACCCAUGUUGAACCCUUUCAUCUACAGCCUGCGGAACAAAGAUAUGAAGAGAGGUUUGGGGAAGUUAAGGAACAGAAUCCACUCAUAG